AUGAAGAGCUUCAUCUUCGUCUGUUUGAUGAUCUUCAGCCGCCUGUAUCACGGAGGCUCUACAGUUCUGAGUUGCAAAGACAACACCAGCAACUCUCCCAUGUUGCUGUUGAAGCAGUAUCUACUCUGCAAUUACGACAUCGAUGUCAGGCCAAUCGACGAUCAUAGAAACGUUACUUCCGUUGUUUUUGGAAUGAACAUACAACACUUCUCUGUCAACGAGAUGGCGAGUACCUUAGACUUGCAUGUUUGGACGAAAAUGAUGUGGACCGAUCGUCUUCUCACAUGGACACCAUCGGAAUUUGGCGGUAUUGAUAUGAUUCGCAUAAUGAGCGAUGAACUUUGGGUACCGGAUAUUACGUUGCAGUCCGCGUCAAACAUGGGCGUCGAUAUCCAUAUGCCGAGAACACUGUGCUUCGUCUACACGACUAGAGUCCUUUGUGUACCAACGAUGGUGUACACGACGUAUUGUCAGUCGGAUCACACCUGGUGGCCUUACGAUACGUUGAAUUGUACGUUACAAUUUAGUUCCUGGGCAUAUCCCAACACUGACAUUCACAUACGUCCAGUGUCCAUCCGACAGUUAACGUCGGAAGUGAUGGAGAAAAAUCCUCAAUGGGACUUGGUAAAUAUUACCAUGAGCCAAGUUGUGGCGGACUCGAAAUUUGGUAUGGGUUUCAAUAGUAAAUUGAUAUCAUACCACAUCCUUUUGAAGAGAUACGCCUCUAUGAAUAGUGCAGCCUAUAUUACCGUGGCUAUAGUGCUCUCGACAAUGACGCUGACUGUUCUCUGGCUGGAGCCGAAAUCCCUCGAACGCAUAAUACUCGCAAAUAUGAAUUUCAUUCUCCAUUUGAUUUGCUUGCAAGAUAUGGAGUGGAAUCUUCCUUUUAACGGAGCUCGUCUCCCGAAAUUACUCACUUUUUAUGAGCAUUCUCUUAUGUUGGCCACGUUAUCGCUCAUUUUAACAAGUAUUUUACGUCAUUUGCAAGAGCUAACCGUCGAUGCACCAUUAUGGGUAUCGUCGGCUUCGAUUUCGAUCUUGAAAAGCAGAGUGGGACAAAUAUUCUUAAUGAGUAUUUUGGAUCCGAAAGUGUCGGCUGAAAUGGAGUUAAACGCGGACGACACUACCAAUCUCGUGUCCAUCCAGAAAAAAGAAUCAACUUGGAGGUACGCGACGAUUUUGAUCGGAUGGUUCGCGUUUUUCAGUGUUCUGUUUACGUAUAUAAUACUCUUAGUUGUUGCUCUUCCAACAAGUACGCGUACAAAUUAA